AUGAAAAGCUAAGCUGAUAAUUUGCUGAAAUAAAGAAGUCAAAGUACAAACUGCUUUACAACAGAAGAAAUUCCUUCUAAUUUGAUAAACCAACAAUAAAAAGUGACACGAUAGACUUCUGAGAAAAGAUAACCUAAAAAAUAUAAAAAACCUUUUGCAUACUUCAAAUCUAAAUUUGGCAUUGAAGGAUACAAGAGAAAUCUUGUGGCUGCUUAAAAUUAGCAAUUUGCGAAGCAAAUCCUUAAGAAUAGAUAUUUUUUCAGUAAAUUGGAUAUGAAAGUUGCUAAUGUAACAGCUAAUAAUUUAAUCAAUAAAGCUAAGAGUAUGAAAAAGAAGUUUUUGAAUCAUUUAGAGAAGAAUUUAUUUAAUGAAAAUAAGAUAAUUAGAUCUCUCUUCGAGAUACUCAAGAGCAAGCAGAGUCAUUUAUACCAAUUUCAGGUGGACAUCAAAGAAUCACUAAAAUAUAUAGAAGAUGAAAUCUAAGAACUUAAAUAGGAAAAUUCUUUCAUAAAACAGGUUAUUAAAGAGUGA